GAUCAAUGAAGAAGACUGGGUAAAUUUACAUUAACCCCAACCGUCGCCAUGCCCUCGCUUCGUACCUAUCACCGCGGCUCCCAUCCCUCUCUUUACGGAGGAUGAUGUGCCACCGGCACCACCCCGCCCUCACGGGAAUAUCCUUAAUUAUGUGAAUAUAGCUACAAAGAGUUGAUAGUAGGUGAGUAUUUAUGAUUGUGUUCAGCUGCAAGUAUCGGAGCUUUGAUUUUCGUGGCAACAAAGUCAAGUUCUACCAAUGAUAUAAAAAGAGAGACAAGAUGUCGACGAAAUUCGUUCAUUUCGUAGAACCCCUCGCUAAAACUUCACUAUCGGAGUUCUUGGCAUUCGCUGUUUUAUUAGCCUCUACACUUGGAAUCACCAAGGCUAUAUAUAAUGUCUUCUUCCAUCCCCUGGCUACUCUACCGGGUCCAAAGCUCUAUGGAAUGUCGCCUCUUCCCAUAAGCUGGUCACGGUACCGGGGUAGGAUACCUUAUACGUAUGCCGAACUACACGAAAAGUAUGGCACCAUUGUUCGAGUUGGUCCGGAUGAAAUUUCCUGUGCUAGCCCCUCGGCUUUCAAGGAUAUCUAUGGCCCUCGUUAUGGAAAAGGAGGACCAUUAACUCGUGAUACGCGGACUGCACCACUAAAGGAUACCUUUGGAGCCGUGGGUAUGUUCCAGGCUGAUGUGCAAGAACAUGCUCGGAUACGCCGCCAGUUAAAUCCGGCCUUCUCGGAAAGGGCUUCUCGAGAGCAAGAACCACUAGUGAUGGGAUAUAUUGACUCCAUGAUUCGGAAGCUGAGAAAUACUACGGCGAAUGGAAAACCUGUCGACGUCGAGAAGUAUAUGAUGUGGGCAACAUUCGAUAUCCAAGGCGACCUUGUGUUCGGAGAGGAUGUAUUCAAGUGUAUCGAGAAUGAGCAGUACCACCCCUGGAUCAAUAUCAGCAUGACAUUCUUCACUGGAGGGGUGUAUGUACACGCCCUCAACGACAUCUCUCCCUGGCUUCUGUGGAUAUGGCAGAGGUUCAUCGUUCCACAAAGAAUUACAGAUGCUUUCACGUAUCAUCUGAGAACCACGUUGGAUCUUGUGGAUAAGAGGAUGGCUGCUGGCAAGACCGACCACCCGGACUACAUGUCAUUUAUCACCAGCGAGAGCAAGGCCGGCGAAAUGCUCACCAAGGAGCAGAUGUACGCCAAUGCCCAGAUGUUAGUGAUGGCCGGGUCGGAAACCGUAGCUACGGCCUCCGCGAGUACGCUCUACCUCCUACUGUCUCAUCCGGAAACCAUGGCCCGGGCCGAGCGCGAAAUUCGGUCUUCGUACGACUCAGACCAGGACAUCACGGCCGCUUCCGUUGCUCAGUUGUCAUACCUUGUGGCCGCGAUCGACGAAUCCAUGAGAGUCUGGCCUCCGGUCGCAACGUCAUUCAACCCCCGACAGGUAUCAUCAGGAGGUUGCACCGUAGACGGUUAUUUCAUCCCCGAAGGUUCCAUGAUUGGUAUCCAUAACCACGCCAUCGGCCGCCUAGAAAGCUACUUCAGGGACGCGAAGAAAUUCGUCCCAGAGCGCUGGUUGGGCGACGAGAGAUACGCGGAAGACGCUAGAGAGACUUUUCAACCGUUCAGCUCGGGACCAUUGAAUUGCAUCGGCCUCACGAUGGGCCGUUUGGAGACUCGUGUGAUCUUGGCUAAGCUGAUUUACAACUUUGACAUCGAGCUGAUGCCCGAAUGCAGCGAUUGGCUCGGGAACCAGAAGAACUACAUCGCAUGGCACAAGCCGCCGCUGAUGGUGAAGUUAACACCGGUGAAAAGAGCUUAGGUGGGUACUUCACCGGCGAGUUUGGUGAGGCUGGCUGGUCGACGG